GAUAAAUCAGCGGAGUGUCGGUCUGUAAGCUGGGUUUUGUGGGAAUAGUGUUUGUUCUGAGCUCCAGCGAUGUUAUUUAGGGCGUUAAAGCCAGGUAGACAGUAUGGAGCCCUCCCCCAGUUCACAAGGCAGCAGUAAACCUCGACAGAGGAAAAAGAACCACCAGAGGAACCCAAAAGAUCAGAACAUUCAGCAUCAGCAGCAGAACGGCCCGUCCAGGGCCAAACCCGCCAAACAGCAGGCGCCGGGGGACGACAACGAGAGCUCACCCGCCGGCAGUUGUGGAAACCGGAACCGGAGGAGGAAUCAGAGCGGGUCAGAGUCGCCCCACAUCAGCUCCCUCUGUACCAGAGAUGGGACGGCCAGUCAGAGUGAGGACAGCGCUGGACCGGUGAACAGGCAGCCGGGUCAGCGCAGUGAGACGCCGCGGAGAAAAAACUGCACAGCAGCAGCAAAGCGCCAGAACAGAGAGCCCUGUGUUAUCAGGGACGGCAGCGCGGAGUCAGAAACACCUCCCACGACCAGAGUGACCCCCGCAAAACAACAGCAGAGGAAACAAAACAGCGCCAAAUGCAUGAAAGCGGCCAGUGUCCAGUCCCGACCCACGGACAGCGACUCCUGCAGCCCGCACGACGGAGAGGAGCAAGAGAAGAAGAAGAAAAAGAGGAGGAAGAAGAGGAAAUCCAAAGCUGGCACUGAAGAGAAGAUGGAGGGCUCAGGCGUUUCUGGAGCUGAAAAGCCGCAGACUCCGCUGAACAAGAACAGAACUCCACAGCGUGAAGGUCCUACAGCAGCUUCUCCAGGCAGUAAGAACCGGAGGAACCGAGGAGGAAGGAGGAGAGUGUUUGAGGACUACAUGACCCUCAGAGAUGUUUCUGCUGGACUGAAGAGAGGAGAGCUCAUUCAGGGGUCGCUGAGAAUCAACCCCAAGAACUAUCACGAAGCGUUUAUUCCAUCUCCUGAUGGGUUGGCGGAUAUCUUCCUGGACGGAGUUGUGGCCCGUAAUCGAGCUCUAAACGGAGACGUGGUGGUGGUGAAGCUUCUCCCUCCUGAGCAGUGGAAGGUGGUGAACGAAGAGGAAUGUGAACCGACUCCUGCACGUAAAGGUCCAGCAGGUCAGGAACGGGCAGGAAACCCCUGCAGUCCAGAUGUUAUAGUGGAGGCCCAGUGUGACGAGGAGGACGGGGAGCUGGUCCGUAAACUGGAGUCCGUCAGUCUGCAAAGCAAAGCUCCUGCCACUCCGAAAAAUGGGAAACACUCGAAUGUAUGCAGUACGCCUGGCUCUACAGCAGAAAAGACUGUUCAGAGGACUGGAAAGGUGGUUUACAUUGUUGAGGAAAAGCACUCGAGAGCAGCUUCAGGAUUUAUAAAGUUCCUCCCAGACAAGCACUUUGCCAUGUUCUCUCCUGUUGAUCAUCGAGUUCCCAGAGUGAAUGUUCCGCUGACAGAUUGCCCCCCAGAGUUUCCCUCUCGGCCUGGGGAUUACACCAACACGCUCUUCAUCUGCAGGAUAACGCACUGGCCUUACGACAACACCUUCGCAGAAGGGCGACUGGCUAAAUCGUUAGGCCAAGCAGGUGAAAUUGAGCCGGAGACGGAGGGUAUCCUGAUUGAGUAUGAUGUAGAUUUCUCAGAGUUUUCAGAGGAAGCUUUGGCCUGCCUCCCUCAAAACCUUCCAUGGACCAUCCCAGCUGAGGAGCUCGCCAAAAGAAGAGACCUGAGAAAGGAAUGUAUAUUCACGAUCGACCCAGCCACGGCCAGAGAUCUGGAUGAUGCUCUGUCCUGCAAGCAGCUUCCAGACGGAAAUUUUGAAGUUGGCGUUCAUAUUGCUGAUGUGAGCUAUUUUGUGGAGGGUGGCACUGCUUUGGAUUUUGUUGCCAGCAGAAGAGCUACAAGCGUGUAUCUGGUUCAGAAGGUAAUCCCGAUGCUGCCGCGUCUCCUGUGCGAGGAACUGUGCAGUUUGAAUCCUCAGACCGAUCGGCUAACGUUCUCCGUAAUUUGGAAACUUUCUCCAGAGGGGAAGAUCCUGAGUGAAUGGUUUGGCCGUUCGGUGAUCCGCUCAUGUGUAAAGCUCAGUUACGAUCACGCUCAGAGCAUGAUCGAAGCCCCUGAUAAACAAUUUAGUGCGGAGGAACUUCCAGCCUGCUCCCCCGAACACCCACUCCAGCGCAUCCACCAGGCCGUCCUGCACCUGCACAGCAUCGCCAAACACUUGCGUGCCCAGCGCUUUGAGGGCGGAGCCCUCCGACUUGACCAGAUGAAGCUGGCGUUUAGCCUGGACGCGGACUCAGGCAUGCCUCAGGGCUGUUAUGUCUACCAGUACAGAGACAGCAACAAGCUGGUGGAGGAGUUCAUGUUGCUGGCCAACAUGGCGGUGGCCCACCAGAUCUACCGUAAGUUCCCUAAACUGGCCCUGCUGAGGCGGCACCCCCCGCCUCAGAGCCGCAUGGUGGAGGUGCUGCAGGAGCUGUGUGAUCAGAUGGGGCUGAACAUCAACCUGGAAUCAGCCGGAACUCUACACAGGAGUCUGAAUGAAACUGUGGGGAAUGACCAGUACAGCUUGGCCAGGAAGGAGGUCCUCACUCACCUGUGCUCCAGACCAAUGCAGAUGGCGGUGUAUUUCUGCACGGGGGUCCUGCAGGAUGAGAAGCUGUUCAGUCACUACGCUCUGAACGUUCCUCUCUACACUCACUUCACCUCUCCGAUCCGCCGCUAUGCCGACGUCAUCGUCCACCGCCUGCUGGCCGCGGCCAUCAAGUGCGGACCCCGCCUGCGUCUGAGCGAUGAGGACGUGCAGAAGCAGGCGUCUCACUGUAAUGAUAAGAAGACGGCGUCUAAAAGAGUUCAGGAGAUGAGCGCUGAGCUCUUCUUCAGUGUCUUCGUCAGGGAGUGUGGUCCUCUGGACUCGGAGGCGAUGGUGAUGGGGAUGCUGGAUAAGUCCUUUGAUGUGUUGGUGCUUCACUACGGAGUUCAGAAGAGGAUCUACUGUAAUGCUAUAGAGGGUCUCCAGUCUUUCCAUUUCCGUAAGGUGGGCAAACGACCUGAAAUGACCCUCGUCUGGGCACCUGGGGACCUGGAACAGGACACCUUUACACAGGAGAUCUCUCUGUUCUCUCUCGUGAACGUGCAGCUGAGGAGCGACGGAGCUCAGCUGAAGUACAGCGCAGUGCUGAGGAGACCUGAACGACCAGAGCCAUAACACCAACACACACACACACCUGUACAGAACUACAGGAACAAAGCCCACACUGACCGUUUAGUGGUGUAGGCAGACCGCUAGCUCUCACAGUGAUUAGCUUUAGCUUUAGCUGCACUGCCUCCCAGAUUAAGCAAUGAACUCCGUUUUAAUUCAGCAUGUUUUAGAGUUUUUUUUUUUAUUUUAAGUCUAUGAGUGCCCAGUUUGAGGGCAGGUGGCGCUGCUGCUGCAUAUCUUGUUGCUGCUUUUCCUCGGGUCAGCAUUAACUAGCGCUAAUGGAGCUCAGGGCUCAGGCUAACUGCUCUGCACUGUAGAGUGAGGAACUCCCGGGUGGGUUUCAAUAGAAUAGGACAGUUCAUUGAGCUGAACGUGAGGAUCGUCCAGUAGGAGAAGAGCUGUUGGACAGUGCUCACUUUGGGAUACUCUAGUUUUUUCAACCUGCUACAUCAGUAGAGUCCAGACGAUUUGCACACACAAUAACUGAAGUAUAUUGUCGCUGUUGCACAACAACCUUUUAUCUCUAUUUUGACGUUUUUUACUUCUUUGCAUGUUUUGAAAAGCCUUGUGUUAAAAUUUCAUGAUAAAUGGACAAACAGAAAUGGUCCAGAAUUACUCAGAAAAAACUCAUUUUACAUUCAUUUCUACUUCAAGCUAAGAGAGUUUUUUCCUCUCUUCUGUAAAGUGCCCACUUUGGAGACAGAAGGUUUUUCCCCAACACUGCCGAUACAACAAUACAAUGAGCAGUAAUGAGUAGUGAAGGUAAAGCAGCAGCUCAUCGGCCUCUAUUGGUGGUGAGUUUCGAGUCGGUGACUUUUCUGUUCUUUUCUAAGUUCAGGGAAACGUCUCGUUUUAGAUUAGCAUCUUUAGCAUGCUAAUCCGCCGUGUGCUACUGAUGCAGCAGGUAGAGAUUAGGAUUAAAGAUGUUGUCCUACUUCCAGAGUUGAGUCCAGAGAGGCCGUGAGGUAGUUAUAAUUGUUUAGCUUGUUAUCUUGAGAUAACAAGUUAAUUAUCUUGUUAUCUCAAGAUAACAAAGUUGUGAUCUUGAAGUAGUGAGCUGUCCUAUUAUCUAGAGAUAGUUAUCUUGAAUUAACGAGUUAGUUAU